AUGCUACUACGGAUGAUGACAAGGAAAAAACAGAUGGAACACCUAAUAAAUUCAACAUAUUUAUACUUUUUAGCAUUUUCAAGUUAUGGAGAAAAACAGCCACUUAUUUCCACUGUCUUUUUCUUGAUUUAUGUGAUUGGAGUAUUGGGGAAUCUGAUUAUAAUAAAUGUUAUUUAUUUGGAUAGUCAUUUACACACCCCUAUGUACUUCUUUCUUUGCACCCUGGCCUGUGUAGAUAUCUGUUACCCUACUGUCACUCUCCCUAAACUGAUAGACAUUUUGCUUUCAGGAAAUAACUCAAUAACCUUCAUACAAUGUUUUAUUCAAAUGUACUUUUUUGUGGCCUUUGUUGGAGUAGAAGUAUCUUUAUUAUCUUCUAUGGCAUAUGAUCGUUAUGUUGCUAUUUGCAAGCCUUUAACAUAUCACCUCAUUAUGAACAGGAGAGCAUGUGUACUGCUGAUUAUAGGGACCUGGAUUUCUGGCUCUACUAACUCAGCAUUAUUUACAAGUCUGGUUUCAAAGUUGUCAAUUUGUGGUUCCAAUAGGAUCAAACAGUUUUUCUGUGACAGUAAGGCUGUGGCAGACAUCUCCUGCCAUGUAACUACAUUUUACAUUAUCAUUUAUGUGGAAACAUUUUUAUUAGGACUUGUGACAUUUUCUCUAAACGUAAUUUCAUAUAUAAAUAUAAUAAGAACCAUACUAAAUAUUAAAUCCAAACAUGGCAGACAAAAGGCUUUCUCUACUUGCACUUCCCACUUUACUGUUCUGAUCAUUUUCUAUGGGAGUGGAUUGUGGACUUACUUGAGGCCGCCUUCAGAAUCAGAGAAUUUGGACCCAGUGUUCUCUAUAUUUUAUGUUGCAGUGACUCCCAUGUUAAACCCCCUCAUAUAUAGUCUAAGGAAUAAAGAAGUAAAGGAUGCCCUGAUAAGAAGUUUGAGGAAGAAUUCUGCAUAA